CAAGACAAGGCCAGCGCCGUUAGGUAGUAAUUGAUUUUAUCAUCAGUAGUGGACCAAACUGUAUUAACUGACGCCCACUUUACACCGGAGAGUCUACGACGAAAUCAAAUCGGGGACGAUUCAAAACGGCGUCGCUUUUGUCUCUCCUUGAAACUGGGGGCACCCGAAGAGAAGGGAAGUUUCUUCAGGCAAAGUUGAGAGAUCUUAUUACAGUUGCAGAUUCUUCAACCUGUCUUCAAAACCAACAACACAUCUCCAUGUUUUUUUCCUUAAUGUCUCUCACCUAUAUUCUCACUUCUCCAUAAAAGCCAUUAACACAUUACACAUUUCUCUGAUUCUCUCUGCUAUUUCUUUCAUCUAACUAAUUACUACUCCAUUACACUAAUUAACCACCAUGGUUAAUGCCCACACUCCUCGCACUUCUCACUCUAACCCAUGUCUCAAGCAUCUCACUUGCUUUGUCUUUUACUCUUUCCUAAUGCGUCUCUUCAUGGAAUCGUCACUCUCCUUUUCUUUACCUGAAACACUCGUUUUGCCUCUCAAAACGCAGCUAAUCUCAUCUGGGUCUGUUCCUAGAUCUCCAAGCAAGCUUCCUUUUCACCAUAAUGUAAGCCUCACUGUCUCUCUUACUGUCGGCACCCCUCCGCAGAAUGUGUCCAUGGUUAUCGACACAGGGAGUGAGCUCAGCUGGCUUCAUUGCAACAAAACAGCCACUUACCCAUCUGCUUUUGAUCCGACCCGAUCCACUUCCUAUGGACCCAUCCCAUGUUCUUCUCCAACCUGCACCAACCGGACCCAGGACUUCACUAUACCUGCUUCUUGCGACUCUAACGACUUCUGCCACGCCACGCUUUCCUACGCCGACGCUUCUUCUUCUGAGGGAAACCUGGCGUCUGAUACUUUCAACAUGGGCAGCUUCGACAGUUUGGAUAUGGUUUUUGGUUGCAUGCAUUCUGUUUUUAGUUCUAACACCGAUGAAGACUCCAAGAACACCGGGUUAAUGGGUAUGAACCGUGGGUCACUGUCUUUUGUUUCCCAAAUGGGUUUCCCGAAAUUUUCUUAUUGCAUUUCCGGUACCGAUUUCUCGGGCCUCUUACUUCUCGGCGAAUCCAAUUUUACUUGGAUGUUGCCAUUGAGUUAUACCCCAUUGAUCCAAAUUUCAACCCCAUUGCCGUACUUCGAUCGAGUUGCCUACACAGUUCAGCUUGAAGGAAUUAAGGUGUCCGAUAAGUUACUUCCGAUACCCAAAUCAGUUUUUGAACCGGAUCAUACUGGGGCAGGUCAAACCAUGGUUGACUCGGGCACCCAGUUCACGUUCUUACUCGGGCCGGCUUACACAGCAUUACGGACCGAGUUCUUGAACCAAACCACUGGGGUUUUAAGGGUUUUAGAGGAUUCGAAUUUUGUAUUCCAAGGAGCAAUGGAUCUGUGUUACCGGGUCCCGAUAACUCAAAGGGUACUGCCCCGGUUACCGACAGUGAGUUUGGUAUUUCGGGGCGCCGAAAUGACGGUUUCCUAUGAACGGGUCUUAUAUCGAGUUCCGGGUGAAGAGAGGGGAAAUGAUUCGGUGCAUUGCCUAUCCUUUGGUAACUCUGAUUUAUUAGGCGUGGAAGCGUAUGUGAUUGGCCAUCAUCAUCAACAAAACGUGUGGAUGGAAUUUGAUCUUGAAAAUUCAAGGAUCGGCUUGGCUCAGGUACGAUGUGAUUUGGCUGGUAAAAGAUUCGGUGUGGCCCACUGAGGUCCACGCGUUAAAUGAGAUCUCUUAUGAAGAUAACACGUGUGAUUUGUCUUCUUUAGUUUUGAUAGGGGGGGGGUAGGUUAUAAUGUAGUUUAUUUUCCAUGCCAUUAACGUGGUCCUGCAAUUUGGUUCUGCCAACUUUGUUACCCCUACCGCUAAUGCUAGGUGUAAUCAGGACGGAGGAGAUGAUAAUUUUCCUUCCAUUUUGUAUAUUGUUUUGUUUGUGGGUAAAUUAUCGGAGGGAAUAUUGAAAAUAUUGCUAUUCAAAGUAACAACUCGUAUGCUUUUAAGUAUAUAAAUUCCUUUUUAUCA